UUGCAUGAUCAACCCUGCAAGUCAUAGUCGCUGGGCCGUCCUGCCUCACAUAUAAGGCCAGUCUUCACAAUUUGCGUCUAAAGCUCAUCAUUUCCAUAUCUACGCGAGGUAUCUGAUGGUGGCAUUAUUCUACUCCUCUCAACUGAGCGUGGUGGGGUCUAUAGCGCAUAGCAUUGGCAUCCUCUGCACCAUCUUCAGGCUUGUUUAUAGAAGCUGGAUGCGUCACUUCUUCUGGGAAGAUGCAUGGGCGGCAUUUGCACUGAUCGCAGAUGUUGUCUGCCUGGCAUGUAUCUGGCUGGACUGGGAGAUAAGUUCCUGGACCCUCAUAGUGGCUUUCACCUCCGCCCUGUGGGGCGCGCGCAUGAGCAUCAUUUUCUCCAUCAUCCACGUCGCCAACCACUCAGGCUCCAAGGUUCAUAUACGGAUCACCUAUCUCAUUGCAGCAUCCUUCGCAUGCAUGUGGGCCGCGCUGGUCGCCCAGAAGAUCAAUCGGUGCCAAUUCCACGGGUGCCAGAUGACUCAGUCGGUGGCGCUCUCGCAGCUGAUCACGGACAUCACUGCAGAUGUUUCCCUCGUUGCCACACCAUUGUAUUUCUGGAAAAACGUAGGACUUUCGCAUAGCAGAAAAAUCUUGGUCCUAUCUGCGUUCGGCGCGUCUCUUUUAAUUACCGCCGUCACAAUUCCUCACUUUAUAACUCUCUCCAAGAACUACACAACCACCUCGCUCAUCUUGGAGCACGUCACGGUCGCCCUCAGUCUCGUCAUUUGCAACCUCCUGGUGAUUGUGACGUCCUUGUACCACGUGUGCUCAAAGGAAACGUUCGAUCUUGACCAGUCAUUCACAUCCAACGGAGUCUUCACGACCAUAGUCGUGGCGCAGAUGUACAGUAGCACGAACCCCGAGACGUCGGUCUCUGUACAAGUACAAGAGCGGACAACUUCGAGACAGAUAACUACAGUGCAGACUGGAGCGACACAGCCGAAGGAUGAAGACGCAAAUAUGCGUCAUGCAGAAGAGGGGAUUCGUACUGAGGGAGGAGAAACAUCGAAAGAUGGUGAGUAAUGAUCGACCGGGACGAUGGCAGCCCGCGUUUCCAUCUGAAUGUGUAUAUAUAUUUGUACAAGCGUCAACAUACAUCAUAGGACGUGGUAGAGUACACGCGUUGACGACAGAUAUAUGGUGUCAGGCAAAUGUCAG